AGUCCCCCGAACCGCGACGACGACCACACGCCGGUGACGCCCGCCAAGCUCCCGAGUCGCCUCUCGCCUCACGCCCCCGCUCGCGCCCGCAGGCCGCAGCAUGCUGCCCCUCGCGCACUCCACCCGCCAUCCCCACCCCCGCCCUGCAUCUCGAGCCCCACCUCCGAAGCGCUCUCCUGCCCGAGCCCGAACUCGACCUCGCCUUCCCCACCGGCGCCCGCAGUCCCAUGCGCUCACCCUUACCCGAGCGCAGCCUCCGAGCGCGGAACCGGGCGAGAAUACUGAAACCACCUCCGCCCCCGCCACCACCAGCGUCUUGUCGUUCUUGUGCCCGCUUCUCAAGUUCUUCGGGGGCGGGGAUCCUUCUCAAGAGCGGAAUGACAUCGUGGAGGUGGCCACAUCUUCCCUUUCAAGUUUAGCUAGACUGCCAUGGGGAUCAAGUGUUGCAGCUAGUAGUACAGAAAGAGUUGGUACACCAACGAGUGCUCCGACUCUUCAACUGUAUGAGUUUGAAGCAUGUCCCUUCUGUAGGAGAGUCAGGGAGGCCAUGACUGAGCUUGAUCUUUCUGCGGAGGUUUAUCCUUGCCCAAAAGGAUCACUGAGGCAUAGAGAUGUGGUCAGGAAAAUUGGAGGGAACGAGCAGUUUCCACUUCUUGUUGAUGCAAGUACUGGUGUCACAAUGUAUGAAAGUGGAGACAUUGUGAAGUACCUGUUCAAACAGUAUGGACAAGGAAAGAGCCCUUCUUUUGGCCUCCUUGAGAGUACAAUUUUCACAGGAUGGGUGCCUACUCUUCUUCGAGCUGGAAGAGGGAUGACAAUGUGGAGCAAAGCCGGCGUGAUACCUGCAGAGAAGCUGGAACUCUUCUCAUUUGAGAACAACACUUACGCAAGGAUUGUCCGUGAGGCUCUGUGUGAAUUGGAGCUCCCUUACGUUCUCCAGAACGUGGGAGAGGGGUCGUCGAAGAUGAGUUCGCUGCUGAGCUUAGCAGGUUCUAAGCAGGUCCCGUAUCUGAUGGAUCCAAACACCGGGUUCCGGUCGGGCGAUCACAAGACGAUACUGUCCUACUUGUUUCAGCAGUACUCUUUGGGCGGCUAGCUUGUCCCUCAAAUCUCGGCAAAUAUGCAGACACCUGUCAGAUAGGCUGUUUUUUUCCGGUAGAAAGAGAGCAAGCGUGUAUAUUUGCCGUGAUACGGAGCUUGGCUCUGAAGUAUCAGUGGGUUUUAGAAUUCUCAACAUACAGUAUAUGGUAAUGGUAUGGGAAGAUCUCGGUGCGUGGCA